AUGCAGUACCGCGAGUUUGCCGAUAGCGUGCUGCCGCUUGCCGACAAAGGACACUACCAUCCGUCACAGCAGGUGCCCAAGCGCUCACGGGGUGACGACGACGAACAACCGGAGCCGAAGCGAUCACGGACUGAUGCCGGUGGUGCCGAGAUCGAUAAGAUGAGGGCGGACAUGGAUGCUCUCAGGGCUGAGAAUGAGCGGCUCAAGACUGAGAAUGAGCAGCUCAGGGCUGAGAAUGAGAGGCUCAAGACUGAGAAUGAGCAGCUCAGGGCUGAGAAUGAGAGGCUCAGGAAUGCUUGUCGCACUUCUGCUCCCUUUGUCAAGAACGAAGAAGUCGAUGGGGAUGGCUUCGACGCUCUUAGCAAAGAGUUCGACAGACUCAUUGAGGAAGAGUUUGCUCGAAUAAGUCGGUGA